AUGUCGUCGUCCACCGCCGCGGGCAAGCAGGCCCAGGCCUUCCCUGAUGGCACCAAGGACUACAUCCCUCUUCGAUCCGGUGCCCCCAAGAGCAACGCCAACAAGGUCCAUAUCUCCGACGUCCCGAUGACCUGGAAGAACAUCCACCAGCACAUCAACUGGCUCAACACCACUCUCGUUGUCAUCGUUCCCAUGAUUGGCUUCAUCUCGGCCUACUGGGUUCCUCUCCAGCUCAAGACCGCCAUCUGGGCUGUCAUCUACUACGUUAACACUGGUCUGGGUAUUACUGCUGGUUACCACCGUAUGUGGUCUCACUCUGCUUACAAGGGCACUCUUCCCCUCAAGAUCUACCUCGCUGCCGUCGGCGCUGGCGCCGUCCAGGGCUCUAUCCGAUGGUGGUCGUAUGGUCACCGUGUGCACCACCGUUACACCGAUACCGACAAGGACCCCUACUCUGUCCGCAAGGGUCUCCUCUACUCCCACAUGGGCUGGAUGGUCUUCAAGCAGAACCCUAAGCGCCAGGGCCGAACCGACAUUACCGAUCUCAACGAGGACGCCGUCGUCGUCUGGCAGCACAAGAACUACAUCAAGUGCGUUCUCUUCAUGGCUCUCGGCUUCCCCAUGCUCGUUGCCGGUCUCGGCUGGGGUGACUGGUGGGGUGGCCUCGUCUAUGCUGGUAUCCUCCGUGUCUGCUUCGUCCAGCAGGCUACCUUCUGCGUCAACUCUCUCGCCCACUGGCUCGGUGAGCAGCCCUUCGACGACCGCAACUCUCCUCGUGACCACGUCAUUACCGCCAUCGUCACCCUUGGUGAGGGUUACCACAACUUCCACCACGAGUUCCCCUCGGACUACCGCAACGCCAUUGAGUGGUGGCAGUACGACCCUACCAAGUGGAGCAUCUGGAUGUGGAAGCAGCUCGGCCUUGCCUAUGAGCUGAAGCAGUUCCGCCAGAACGAGAUUGAGAAGGGCCGUGUCCAGCAGCUCCAGAAGAAGCUCGACCAGAAGCGUGCCACCCUCGACUGGGGUAUUCCCCUCGACCAGCUCCCUGUUGUCGACUGGGACGACUUCGUCGCCGACUCUAAGAACGGAAAGGGUCUCGUUGCCAUUGCCGGCGUCAUCCACGACGUUACCGACUUCAUCAAGGACCACCCUGGUGGCCGCGCCCUCAUCAACUCUGCCAUUGGCAAGGAUGCCACCGCCAUCUUCAACGGUGGUGUCUACAACCACUCCAACGCCGCCCACAACCUUCUGUCCACCAUGCGUGUUGGUGUCCUCCGCGGUGGCUGCGAGGUUGAGGUCUGGAAGCGUGCUCAGUUCGAGAACAAGGAUGUCACCUACAUGAACGACUCUGCUGGCGCUCGCAUUAUCCGCGCCGGCAACCAGGUCACCAAGGUUAUCCAGCCUGCGGCCAGCGCCGACGCUGCCUAG